AUGAAUAAACUAUUGGAUGAGAUGUCGGUCUGCGAUGACUUUCAUCUGUCGCCAAACAGUCUGUUGUCUUCGUUUGAGACCUCGAUUGAUGAUGACUUGAGUCUGGAGUUCGCGCAGAUGGUGGACAACAACGACCCGUGGAUUGGCAACGGAGUCAUCGACAACAUGAAUAUCUUCAGCGCCGCGCCCGACGAUAUCUUCGACGACGACUUCAACACAGAUUCAAGCAAAUCGUCGGUAUCUCUAAGCCCGGAGCCGACCGUCAAAUGCGAGGUCGAGAUCGACAACGAAAUCGAGAUCAACAGCGAAGAACUCAACGACUGUGAUGUGGACUCGCCGGUCAGUUACGCCGGGAGCACCGGUAGCACGAGCUCGUCGUCCAGGAAUUAUGACUUCACGAAAGUGGUACUCCUGAGCGCCCAGAGCAUCAAAAAGGAGCCCAAAGAGUACACGAGUGGCUCGAGUACGAAGAGCUCGCCGAAGACGUCGCCCAAGAGUCGGACGCCGAGGAAUAUAAAGAUCACGGAUCUGGUGCUCACGGAUGAGGAGAAGCGACUGCUCUCCAAAGAAGGUUACCACGACUUCCCCUCCGGGAGCCUACCGCUCACGAAACACGAGGAGAAAAUUCUACGCAAAAUACGGCGAAAGAUCCGCAACAAGAAGUCGGCGCAGUGUUCGCGGCAGCGGAAGAAGGAGUACUUGGAGGACCUCGAGAGGCGGUUCGAUGAGCGCAACCACGAGAACGAGCAGCUCAAGAAGGAAGUGAUUAAACUGAAGAAAGAGAACGACACCCUUCUCGUCAAGAUGAAGAAGAUCCUGUCCAUGAAUGGCCAGAACGCCUCAUUCAAGUCCUCCUUCUUCGUCAUCGUUCUUAGUUUCCUAUUAAUUCUCGUGCCUUACUUUCGACCCGAAGUGGAGGAGUUCGGUCUGAAUGAGAAGGACGUCGUGGGCACCGGUCGUCACCUUUUGUCGGCCCUCUAUUCAGAC